AUGCUGGCCAAACCCAGCAUCUUGUCCAGCACUUGCUUGGCACCUCCAUCCGAUCAAGCUGGGUCCAUCCCUGUGCAUAUUGUGUAUACCCCUGUUGCGAGAUUCAACCAAUGCUUACUUGGUAUGGACACAUGAAUAUGUUUUAGAUGUUAAUGGUAUUUUGUAUUUUCUAUUACAGAGAAAUCAGGCAGGAAGCAGUCCUGCAAUGGAGUUUCUGUCAUUUAAGUCCUGUAUGGAAUAUUUAAAAAAGCAAGGGUUGAACAUAACCACAUUUAUCUCAGAUAGACAUGCAUCAAUUGCCAAACAUAUGAGAACUGUGUUGAAAAAUGUUAUACAUUAUUUUGAUAUCUGGCACUUAAAGAAAAAUAAGUACAAUUCCAUUUUGAUACAUAUGUAGUUUAGGGGUAUGCAUCAGAUCGAAUUGGACGUUUAUAAUCCGGCAAUUUGUUGUUUGUUUUUUUACGAAACAACUUUAUCAAUCCAAUCCGAAAUGAAUAUUUUUGUUCCGGAGUCGGAUUUGCACACCUCUAAUGUAUUUGUAUCGACUUUCAUUCUUAGGUGUAGUAGCCUGAGUAGGAGGUGCUGAACUACAUUGAGGGAGACUUUAUGAUCUCUACUGGGCAGGAUUGUCAGCUGCCGGGAUGCCAUUCAUAAUAUUAAUAAUAGCCAUGGUAUUUGCUAGUCAGGAUGGAAAAUCGGACAUAGCCUUUCUAUCCUGGCCAGGCAGGCGCAUUUUGAGCAUGUGCAAACUUUUAGCCUUCUCCCAUAUUAUAUCUAGCUGAAUCAUUUUUGUGACAAUUUCAUGAUCAAUUUUUUCAGAAAUACGGAAGGUGCUUUCGAAAGUAGCUAAGGAAAAAGAUUGCAAAUUGUUGAAUGAAUGGAUCAAACCAUGCGAGAAUCACCUGCACUGGAGUGCAACAUCAACAUUUAGUGGCAAUGGACUGGUGAUAUGGGCCAAAUUCAAGUCAUUUUUGGGACACAUUGUGAAUAAACAUUCUGAUCACAAUGAUCCACUGUUCAACAAGUGUGGCCAUGGCAGUGAGAUUCCAGCUAUAAAGUGGCUCACAAAAGGUAUAUACAAAUUAUGGUUACUGUACAAGUAUUAGUUCAGUACUAUUCGCAUGUUAUAAAACCAGUUAGCCAAGCCAAGAUCCCAUUUGAGAACAUCAUUCUGCAUUAGACUUAAAGUAGGGAUGCUCAUGUUUUGAUAAUUUUAUAUUAAGAUUCACACCUUUAUGAAAAAGUCUCUGCUGCAUUGACAAACCCAAGACUGGUGAAAGGAAUCAAGCAGACUUCUCCAUUGGAACAGACAAGUUGCCUAGAGGGGUUCCAUAGUGUGCUAAAUCAAUUUGCCCCCAAAAUGAUUGCAUACUCGUAUAUUGGACAAUACUGCAGGUUUGUAACUUUGAUGAUAAAAUCAUCUUGCUUUAGUGAAGAAUGCAUUGGCGUAAUGGAGGAAGAGGGGGCCCAGUGAGUUGGUCAUAUUUGGUGUGGGGGCACCUAUUGACUGUUCUCAUUGUUUGACUGAGAUAUUAUAUUUAUAUUGAACAUUAUUGAAUGUUCUGGAAAAUUCUGUGUCUAUAACUAUUACAGUCUUCAACACAUAAUUUCUAAUAAGAAUAACUUUUGUUUUAUUUGAGAUCGAAUAAAAAAUCAGCUGACGUUGUCGAUGGAGGCUUUAUUAUUUAACGUUAUUAUUAAUUUUGCAUUUUGCCAUCGAUUCUUAACCUCCAUUUUUACGUUUUCUAAUUUUCUGGGCGAUAGGCCAUGGCUUAUGAGGCCCCUAACUGUCAGGGGUCCUUAGUUUUUUAACUAACCCGCUAAUGAGCGUUACGCCACUAGAAGAAUGUGUUGUAAGGGGAGGCGAUGAGAUGCUUAGGCAUUGACGGUGGUGGGUUAGUUUGGUCACAUGACUUUAUUUGGGAUUUAACGCUACACACCUAAGAUUAAACAAAUAUAAAAAAUUUUCAUGUUGAUAUACAGUUUAUAUAUCAACACAAGUGGGAAUUGGGAAAAUGAGAAAUUGUGUGGAAACACGACACCAUAAGGGCGAAGGGUUUUCAAACAAUUUCGAGUUUUCCCAAAUUAAUUUCCACAAGUGUUGAUAUAACUGUAUAUCAACACGGAAAAAAUGUUUUAUAUUUGCACAAAGAAAUAUAAAGAAAGAAAUUUUUUGACGUUUCUGUGUUGACAUUGAGUUAUAUCAACAUGGUUCUUAGCCAAUCAGCAUUCAGAAUUUACAAAUAUGCUAUAUUAUAAACUAUAUUAUUCAUUGUUUUUCCAGGCAUAUUCUUGCUGUCGUGCAUUUUAAUGCAAAUCUUCAUCGUGCCACGGAGACCAAAAAAGCUGACAAUGCGGAACGAGUAAAAGUCACUUGUCCCAAGUUUAAGAAUGGUGAAGCAACGAUUAGGAACGUUAAAAUUUCACAAAACUUCUGUAAGUACUACGAGUACCUACAGUAUGUAUAUAGAUCACAGGUGCAUUUACUAUUCAUCUGUAAAACAGUAAUUUUUCAUCAAAUGUCUAGAGGUAAAUUGUUUUGAUUUGUUACAUCUUGUUAUCUUUGCAGCAUAUGUACAGGAGGUAUUCGAGACAUACACUGGAUCAAGCAAAAAAGUACUGAAAGAUGCUGCUUUGAAGCUUAAAGAGAUGUCUCCAAAGCCAAUGGAUUCAAUGUUUGAAAAGCAAAAAAAGGUAGAGGCCCUCAAGAAAAGAUUGGACAGACGUGGAAUGGUCAUCCUAGAUGUCCCACCAACCACACCAGGUACUUAUUUCAUACGUUUCUGGGUAUGCCGUACCCUUUACCUUGCAAUGUACCAAUAUACACCCUACCAAUUGACGAUGUAUGAUGGUAGAGUAUUCUAUUCUGUCUAAUUCCAGAUGAUUUUACUCAUAAGUACAGUUUAUGGGCUAAAAAAGCAUUUACCUCAUAACAAUUUCUGAAACGUUUGCAAUUUUUUACAGUAUCACAAGUUCUUGAACAGGAGAAGGCACAAAAGAAAAAUGAAGAGCAUAAAGAAAAGGCUAAUCCAUGCUGUAGAUUAUGCAAGAAUCCUAUGAAAGGACACAAAUAUGUGAAAGACUGUCCCAAAAACAAAUAG